AUGUCUUUCGUACUGCCACACUUGGAGACCGGCUGGCACGUCGACCAAGCUAUCCUUAGCGAAGAAGAGCGCCUGGUAGUCAUCAGGUUUGGCAGAGAUGGCAGCAGUGCGUGUAUGCGACAAGAUGAGGUGCUCUACCGCAUCGCCGACAAGGUCAAGAACUUUGCAGUCAUCUACGUUUGCGACAUCGAGAAGGUCCCCGACUUCAACACAAUGUACGAGCUCUACGACGAGUGCACCCUCAUGUUCUUCUUCCGCAACAAGCACAUGAUGAUCGAUCUGGGCACCGGUGACAACAACAAGAUCAAGUGGGUGCUGGAAGACAAGCAGGAGCUCAUCGACAUUAUCGAGACGGUAUAUCGGGGUGCGAAGAAGGGCCGUGGUCUGGUGGUCAGCCCCAAGGACUAUUCCACGAGACACCGGUACUAA